CCGCCGGCCGCCCUUCGCCUCUCUGCGCCGCCUCGUUGAUUUCCCCCCCCCCGUCUGCCGCCUCGCAGCCUCGCCCUCCACCCGCCGCAAGCAUGACCGACGCGGCCAUCUCCUUCCUGAAAGACUUCCUGGCGGGCGGCGUGGCAGCCGCGAUCUCCAAGACCGCCGUGGCCCCCAUCGAGCGGGUCAAGCUGCUGCUCCAGGUCCAACAUGCCAGCAUGCAGAUCACGGCCGCCCAACAGUACAAGGGCAUCAUCGAUUGUGUGGUCCGAAUCCCCAAGGAACAAGGGGUCCUCUCCUUCUGGCGGGGCAACCUCGCCAACGUGAUCCGCUACUUCCCCACACAAGCCCUCAACUUUGCCUUCAAAGACAAGUACAAGCAGAUCUUCCUGGGCGGCGUUGACAAAAGAACCCAGUUCUGGCGUUACUUUGCAGGCAACCUGGCAUCGGGGGGCGCUGCCGGAGCCACAUCGCUCUGCUUUGUCUACCCUCUUGAUUUUGCCCGAACACGUCUGGCUGCAGAUGUGGGCAAAGCCGGGGCUGAACGAGAGUUCACUGGUCUCGCCAACUGCUGGGCGAAGGUCUUCAGGUCCGACGGUCUUCGUGGGCUCUACCAAGGCUUCAACGUCUCUGUCCAGGGAAUCAUCAUUUACAGAGCAGCGUAUUUUGGCAUUUAUGACACCGCAAAAGGAAUGCUUCCCGAUCCGAAGAACACUCACAUUUUAAUUAGCUGGAUGAUCGCACAGACGGUAACGGCCGUUGCAGGCCUGACUUCAUAUCCCUUCGACACUGUCCGGCGGCGUAUGAUGAUGCAGUCUGGACGCAAAGGAGCCGACAUCAUGUACUCUGGGACCAUUGAUUGCUGGCGGAAGAUUGCGCGCGACGAGGGCGGCAAAGCGUUUUUUAAGGGUGCGUGGUCCAACGUCCUCAGAGGAAUGGGAGGUGCUUUCGUCCUAGUCUUGUAUGACGAAAUCAAGAAGUACACAUAAACACCCCCCUCCCCCCCAAUUCCUUAGACAACCCUACAUAAUAUUCCAUGGACUGCAUCAAAACUAUUUAUCGUUCCCCCCCGUCCCCCCGCAGUGGUGUCUCUUCAUUGACAGAGAAGCCAUGGUUUUGCUCGCCUGACCCACUUUCUCAAGUCAUUCCUUGACGAUGGGACUCAAACUUUAUUUUUAAUUCAGUCACUCCUGUUAAAAUAAGUUUGAGAAAUAAAAUGGGAAGAAAAAAAAAGUA